AUGUUGUCAUCCUCAACCUCAACGAUCAUUUUUAGGUAUUCUCUUCUCCAAAUCCCUAAUUUUGUUUCCUUCCCUUCCUCUUCAUCUUCAUUCUCAUCCCUUCACUCUCAUUCUACUCGUCAAGUUGAUCAAGCUGUUGAUUCCUUCACUCGCAUGCUCUCUAUGCGUCGUACUCCUCCCAUCAUCCAAUUUAACAAGAUUUUGGGAUCCCUUUCCAAGACGAACCAUUUCCACGCCGCCGUUUCCCUUUUUCAGCAAUUGCAAGCCAGAGGAAUCGCGCCCAGCAUAGUUACUUUGAGCAUUGUAAUUAAUUGUUGUUGCGGCAUGGGUUGUAUGAAGCUUGCUUUCUCUGUAUUGGCCAAUAUUUUCAGAAUGGAUUAUCAACCUAAUACGGUAACAUUGACAACAAUCCUGAAAGGUCUCUGUCUCUGUGGUAGUGUUGAAAAAGCAGUGCGCUUUCAUGACAGACUGCUGGCUCAUGGAUUUCACUUUAAUCAAGUCACUUAUGGGACCUUCAAUGGUCUCUGUAAGUCCGGACACACAUCAGCUGCUAUUCAAGUGUUGAGAAAGAUCCCACAGUAUGGCAUUGCUCCUGAUGUCGUCAUGUACAGCUCAAUUAUUGAUAGCUUGUGCAAGGAUACACUUAAACAUUACUCCAACAUUACUCCAGAUGUUCAUACCUAUAGUAUUUUGAUCGAUGGGCUAUGCAAGGAAGGAAAGAUCAAAGAUGCUAAGAAUGUGUUGGCUGUGAUGACAAAACAUGGUGUGAAACCAGAUGUGGUUACUUAUAACUGCUUAAUGGACGGAUAUUGUUUGGUUAAUCAGGUAAAUAAGGCAAAAUAUGUAUUCAACACAAUGGCCGAGAGUAGACCGUUUCCUAAUGUUCGGAGUUACAAUAUCAUGAUUAAUGGCUUUUGUAAGAGUAAAAUGAUCGAUGACGCCUUGAAUCUCUUCGAAGAGAUGCGUCGCAAGAACUUGGUUCAUGACACGGUAACUUACAAUACACUAGUUGAUGGCUUGGGAAAAUCAAGGAGAAUCCUUUGUGCCUUGGAGCUUCUUGAAAAGAUGCAUGAUCGAGGUCAACCUGCUGAUAUAGUCACUUACAAUUCUUUGCUGGAUGCUUUGUUCAAUAUCAAACAACAUGACAAGGCACAAAAAAGAAAAUGA